AGGGGAAACAUUAAAGAUCCGCGCCCCGGCGGUGCCAGCCCCCUCAAUCCCACGGGUUUUCCCUCCCCAAAGCCUGGUUCCGCGCCGCAAAAGCCCCGAGCGGAGGCGCGCAGCUGCUGCGGCAGAGGGGCGGGGCGGGGCGGAGCGGCGCGGAGAGGCGCGGAGCGGCCCCCCCCCCCCGGCUCGGCCGCGGCCGGCGGGGCGCGGAGAGGAGCGGGGCGGUCAUCUUCUCAAAAUCACUGGAAGCUGAAGAUGGAUGUGAAGCGUGUGAAGGACUAUAUCUAUUGGCUGUACUACCAGUACCUGCUGAUCACCUGCAGCUACGUGCUGGAGCCCUGGGAGCGGUCCAUGUUCCACACCAUCACCGUGACUGUUUUCGCUAUGGUGGUGUACACGGCUUACGUCUUCGUCCCCAUCCACAUCCGCCUGGCUUUCCAGUUCUUCUCCCAGAUAUUUGGAGGCCAGCCCGAAAGCACGGUUUCCAUCGUGAACUGAACUUGCCCCAGUCGUGACUAGCAGCUCUUGCAACUUGUGAAAUGCAAUGUCUUCUUCAAUUUUGUGUAUUUAUUCUGAAGCAGUUUUGCAGCUGUGAAAACACCAUUUUCUCUUACAAAACCUGGCUUGCUUAACUACCAUCACUGAAAACCAGAAUAAUGCACUGACUACUGGCUGCACAGUCCCUGUUAAAUGAAACACAGGCCAGCUUUUGCUGUGUGAUAAUGAAACGCAUCACCUGGAAUGCCACAUUUACCUAAUAUUCAACUGGCUCCCACUUUCAGCACCUUAAUGUAAUCACACUGGCAUGGAUGAAACAGCAAAGACUGUUUAUGAUGGCUGUGAGGAGGGGAACUGCACUCAGUAUACACAACGAAUUUCUGCCAACGGAGCCCAGUGGCAAAACACACCAUGCCUUCUUUGACCCAGGUUAGAGAAUAUAAGGAGAUGAGUAUAAUACAGCAUGAUUCGAGUACUAAUACCUGGCUAGUUAUUGACUUCUGGUUUUUAAUUGAUGAGAGAGGAAAUUAGAAGAGAAAGCAAUAAGAGUAUGAACUCAAAUUUAACUUUUUUGUAUCUAAGUUGCUGCAUCUGUCUGUAGGUGAUUUAAGAGAGUAAAAAAAAAAAAAAACAAAAAACAAAAAAAAAAAAACCAUACUACAGGUAAUCUUGCAGUUUACCAAAAAUGACAGAGUCGGUACACUCUUGCCUUCUUUGAUAAAAAACGAAACAUCUUUUCUUUCUGCUCCCAUUCGGCAAGGCAAGCAAAGUGCAUGUCUGCACCAGAGGAAGGAGUGGAAGUAAUAUUUUAAUAACUGCAGGGAAGUCUGAGUGCUUAAAGAGAUCUGCUUUAUAAAGAAGAAAUUAGUUUUAUUAUAAUUGCCCAUGGGAAGUUUCUUAAACAAUGGAAGGUUUGUUUGGCUUUCACUUUACACCUAAAUCAAACGUCAAUGCCAGAUCAUAAGUUAUAGCUAUGCAGUGCAUGUAUCUAACAGCUGAUGCUACUGUUAUUAGAAGUGAGAGGUACAAAAUGUAAAUAGCUUUCAAAUGAUGCUUGCACAGUUAUAGGAUUAAAAAAACCCUCUUAACUUCUUCAUCAAGCUGCAGUGCAUGCUUAAAAUAACACAGUUUGUUUGGAAACUAAGACAUGUUUUGAAGGUUGAACAGAUCUGAACAUGUGUAUGCAGUUUUUGCAGAAAAAAAUAAAAUUUUAUUCUUCAGGAACAAUGUUUCA